GUGGAGCGAAGGUCAGAGUGAGCAUGUCGGCUAUGAGUGACUCGGGCUUUGAAGAGGAGCUCCAGAGCCCUUCUCCGUGUCAGCAGCACGUUACCCGGCCGUGGGCAGAGAGCGCGCGCGACACACCGACACACAGCGACGAGAGCUGCUUCAUCACCCAGAGCCACAAGCAGCAGCACUUCCUCACUCGAGACUGUCUGGCACGACAGCCACAGAUAACCGCUGAAGCACGCUGUAAACUGGUGAGCUGGCUCCUAGCCGUUUAUAAACACUUCAAGCUCUCAUUCGAGUCUUGCUGCUUGGCCGUGAACAUCAUGGAUCGUUUUUUGGUCACAACAUCAGUGGCAGCAGAUUGCUUCCAGUUACUCGGAGUGACGUCUUUACUGAUCGCAACCAAGCAUGUUGAAGUUUGCUCCCCACGUAUCAAGCAGCUGCUCUCCCUCUGCUGUGACGCUUUCUCUAGAGAGCAGCUCUGCAAUCUCGAGUGCCUCAUUCUUCUUAGACUCAACUUCCGCUUGGCUGCACCGACUCUCGCCUUCUUCCUCGACUACUUCAUCAGUCAUGAGUUAUCCAGAUAUGCGAUUAGAACAAAGGAAAAAAUCCCAGAUGAAGAAAACAAAUUCAGGAGCUGGAAAGCCGCUGAAGAGCAGCUCUUCAGUAUGAAGAGGUAUAAAUGUUUAGUUGGCAAAGUUUGUGAGCUGAGUCUGGCAGACUACGCUUUCAACAAGUACCCACCGUCUGUUAUAGUACUAAGUGCCAUAAAUCUGACAAAGGACCUGGUAAGGAGACAAAUAAAAGAGUCCUCAGUCAAGAACACUAGAUUGUCAGAGAUGUUAGACUUCGUCAGUGUUGCAGAUAACAACUCACAGGGUUUGGACGAUCCUACUUUAAUUCAGCAAUGCACACAGGAGCUAAAAUUAUUGGUGUCUCUUAAUCAAGAGUCAGUCCAGGACUUAAUGACUCUCUGA